AUGGCCGCCUUCUCUAUUCGGAGAUAGGGCUGUAGCCCACAGUGAAAAUGGCCAUUACACUUUACCACCUAAAGAUUCACGAGGCGCUCGACCCGAUUCUAAGAUGGCGGAAGGACAUUGGCGUGAGGUGAGCGUUCCCUGCGUCACGUGACAGGCAAGACGGGGGUGUGUGUAUCCCCGUCGUGUGUCCCGGCGGAAGAGUGAAGGGAGUCGUCUGAACGGCAACAUCUUACAGCAAAGGGAAAAUAAGACGGCGCGAUCAGCGCUGGAGAACCGGAGACACGCCAGUCACCACGGAUUCAUCCGUAGCCAGCGCGGCGGCCGGGGCGCAGCCACCUUCGCUGCCGCCGCCGCCGCCGCCGCCAUUGAGGAUGUCGCGCAGGAAGAGAAAUGCAGGAAGCAGUUCAGAUGGAACAGAAGACUCAGAUUUCUCUACAGACCCAGAGCAUACAGACAGUUCAGAAAGCGAUGGUACAUUACGCCAGUCUGCCCGUGUGACACGAUCUUCUGCUAGGCUAAGCCAGAGUUCUCAAGAUUCCAGUCCAGUUCGCAAUCCACCGUCAUUUGCAGUAGAAGAGCCUGUUUAUUCUACUCGAAGAAUAACCCGCAGUCAGCAGCAGCCUACUCCUGUAACUCCAAAGAAAUAUCCUCUGCGACAAACACGUUCAUCUGGCUCUGAAACAGAGCAAGUGGUUGAUUUUUCUGAUAGAGACACAAAAAAUGCAGCUGACCAUGAUGAGUCCCCACCCCGCACUCCAACUGGGAAUGCUCCUUCUUCAGAGUCUGAUAUUGAUAUCUCUAGUCCCAAUAUGUCACAUGAUGAAAGUAUUGCCAAGGAUAUGUCCAUGAAAGAUUCAGGGAGUGAUUUAUCCCAUCGUCCCAAAAGACGACGUUUCCACGAAAGCUAUAAUUUUAACAUGAAAUGUCCCACCCCUGGCUGCAAUUCAUUAGGACACCUGACAGGAAAACAUGAGCGACAUUUUUCUAUAUCUGGAUGCCCUCUGUAUCAUAAUCUUUCAGCGGAUGAAUGCAAGGUGAGAGCUCAAAGCCGAGACAAACAAGUGGAAGACCGGAUGCUUUCUCAUCGACAGGAUGACAACAAUAGACAUGCUACCAGGCAUCAGGCACCAACUGAAAGACAAUUGAGAUAUAAGGAGAAAGUUGCAGAGAUGAGAAAGAAGAGGAAUGCAAGCUUAACUAAGGAGCAAAAGGAAAAAUACAUGGAGCAUAGACAAACCUAUGGCAACACGAGAGAGCCCCUUUUAGAGAAUCUGACCAGUGAGUAUGACCUAGAACUCUUCCGACGAGCACAAGCAAGAGCUUCUGAAGAUCUAGAAAAGCUGCGUCUUCAGGGCCAAAUCACCGAAGGUAGUAACAUGAUCAAAACCAUUGCUUUUGGCCGCUAUGAACUGGAUACCUGGUACCAUUCUCCCUACCCAGAGGAGUAUGCCCGGCUUGGGCGACUUUAUAUGUGUGAAUUCUGCCUCAAGUAUAUGAAGAGUCAGACGAUACUUCGCAGACACAUGGCAAAAUGUGUCUGGAAGCAUCCUCCAGGGGAUGAAAUUUACCGCAAAGGUUCAAUCUCAGUAUUUGAAGUAGAUGGGAAAAAGAAUAAGAUAUAUUGCCAAAACUUGUGCCUCCUGGCAAAACUCUUUUUGGACCAUAAGACUUUGUAUUAUGAUGUCGAACCAUUUCUUUUCUAUGUCAUGACAGAAGCCGAUAACACAGGAUGCCACCUAAUAGGCUAUUUUUCCAAGGAGAAGAACUCAUUUCUCAAUUAUAACGUUUCUUGUAUCCUGACAAUGCCUCAGUACAUGAGGCAGGGUUAUGGCAAAAUGCUUAUUGAUUUCAGCUAUUUACUCUCAAAAGUGGAAGAGAAAGUUGGCUCUCCAGAAAGGCCCCUCUCAGACUUGGGACUUAUCAGCUACCGUAGUUACUGGAAGGAGGUUCUUCUCCGUUAUCUGCAUAAUUUCCAAGGCAAAGAAAUCUCCAUCAAAGAGAUCAGCCAAGAGACAGCUGUCAAUCCUGUUGACAUUGUUAGCACUCUGCAAGCCCUUCAGAUGCUCAAGUACUGGAAAGGCAAACACCUGGUCCUAAAAAGACAAGACCUUAUUGAUGAAUGGAUAGCCAAAGAGGCCAAAAGGUGCAACAGCAAUAAAAUCAUGGAUCCCAGCUGUUUGAAAUGGACCCCUCCCAAAGGCACUUAAUUAACCAGUCUUUCCAAGAAGUGUGAACAUCCCAUUCAUGUGCUGCCAUCAUCACCACUGUGGGUACUUUUUUCCCCCCCAGCACUAGAAACAUCCUUCCAGAUCUUGGACAUGUGAUUGCUCUUGGUACCACUUCUUCCCUUUCAGAUAUUUCUGCAGUGUUUUUCUUUUUAUAGAACAUUUUUGACCAGACACUUUGUCUAUGAGGCAAGAUUGAAAAGAUGAGAGUUCUGGACAAUAUUAACAUGGCCUCAAGAAAAUACAGUAGGAUUUAGUUGCUCCUUCAUCUGUUACUUGCUCCUAGCACAAAAAUUAGGAUUGCUUCUCAAAUUUUUAGUUUUAUAACUUCAGUUUAGCUCUCUGAGAUAUAGUCCACCUGUACAAUAUAGUGGAGUUGCAAAUGUGAUGGAAAGAAUCAUAUUGCUUCAUUUUAUCAAUGGGGGCAGAGAAAAAUCCAUUUUAAAUUUCUCUGUUAAAAACAAAAUAAAGCCAACGGGGCUAGGGACAGAUAUUCUCAUUAGUCCUAUUACUAGCUUUCAUCCACAUGUUUUAAAUAGAUAAGAGAGCAUUAAAAAAAGCCCCAGCAAUCCUGUGCCUGUGUUCUGAAAUGCUCCAAAUUAUCCUAUUUGCCCUACAUUUCCUUGCCAUUCUGCUGCAUGUAUAUAUACAGUCUAAAUGUAUGUCCGUGAGACUUAUUUCCUAACCACAUGUUGACAAGGUAAAAGUAAGAAAUGAUCCAGCGCUUCCUGGAAUCUGAAUUGCUUCUGGAUGUGCAAAUUUCUCACAUUUAUUUACAGAAUCUAAAACUUCCUUGAUCUUGGCACCUGUGUAUUCCAACUUUGUCAUCAUAAUACUUUUCCCACUUCAGUCCACCCAAAAAGUUGAUGGGCAAGGAAGCUCCAAACUGGCUUUGGUUUCUGAGAAUAGUAAUGGUUUUAUAAUUUUGGAUACAGGGUAUCAGAAGCAAUGAGUCAGCCCUCUGUGAAUUGGAUUUUGUAGCUAGGAUAGUCAAAUCCCCGAGGAGAAGAUAUCAGGCAGGAAAGAUGCCACAUGGUUUUGAUUGCAUGCCUGAAUGAAAGACAAGAUGCCAUCAUUCAAUCUGCUGUAAUUUUGGACAAGUGACCUGAUGGCAGUUUUUAAAUAGACUCUGACUACCAAUAUAUGUCAAGAAUCAAUUAAAUUAACUUUGUACGGAAAAAAUUGCAAGAUCAACAUUUGAGCCUUGGCAUAGCAUCAUUUCUCUAAUUUGGCAUGCCUCAUCAUUUUAGAUUAGCUGCUUCAAGGCUCCUUUGCUUGACGCCCAAGGAAUAUGCAUAGAAACACAUCAGCUGGUGGGAGAACAUUGCUCUUUUUGCCAAAUUAUUCCUUUGCAGUACAUCGCUAUAUACAUUUGGCAGUUAUUCAAUUUGUGAAACUGCUGGAUAUACUAAUGCCAGGCCGCAGGACAAUUCACUGAAUAUGACUGAAUAUGACUAUAUAUGACUAUAUUCAGCUGACUGAAUAUAGUCUUCAUGAUAAAUAAAUAAAUAAAUAAAUAAAUAAAUAAAUAAAUAAAUAAAUAAAUAAAUAAUAAAAUAAAUAAAUAAUAAAAUAAAAUAAAAUAAAAUAAAAUAAAAUAAAUGAUGGCUUGUAUUUUUUGGCCCUACAUUGUCAAUUUGCAGAUUUUCCCUGCCAAUGAGACUGCCUUGGUCUGAUAAUUUUCUUAUUCUUUUUUCAAGCAGUCUGUAAGGAGAUUGACAGCUUCAGCUAUACUGCUCCAUAAAUGAAUGUUGAGAGUUGGCUCAGAAGCCACUGAGGGCAGGUGGGUAGUUAUGGGUAUUUUUGAAAUGAUUUUUAUUGUUUUACAAAUGGAAAAUAAAGUUAUUAUACAAGGUUAACGAAAGAUAAAUUUUAAUCUCAUUUUAAAAUUUGAUACCUGGAGGUUUAUCAUAAUAUGACUCCAUAAUAUCAUGACAUUAAAAUUGUCACAAUUUUAAUUGAAAUUUUACAAAUUAAAAAUAAAACUUCAAAAACAACUAUAAUAGACCUUCAGCAUCAGUUCCAUAGAAAGCAUGCCCAUUUCAAAUGAGAAUGUAUUCCAUCUUUUAAAUAAAGUCUGAUUCCAGGGACUCCUCUUCCAGUAAUAGGUAAUACCUGCUUAUAAUGGCUGGGAACGAUGGAAGAGAAGAGUCAGAGCAUUUUGUCCGAUGAAUGGAAAAUUAUAAAUUGUUAAGAGUAAAACUCUUGACCAUUGUAAGUCAGGUGCUAUAAGUAUUUUAAUUUGCGCAUUUCUAAAACUCCACUCUUCCUAUAUUACAAAAGGAAAAAGGAAAACUGGCUACUCUGCUACACUAUUAUCUGCCGGUUUCAAUUAUGUAUAGGUGGCAAUGUAUGCAUAAAGAAUUGGCCUACCAAUAGUCUUUAUAAGGCUUCUUUUCUUUUUGCCUGUAUUAUUAGUGUGAAGUUAUGUCUCAGCUGCUGGGCUCUCUCUCUGCCAUCUAUCUCUCUGCUUUAUUGAGUUGCUCAACUGGCUGAUCUUUUUGCUACCGAUAUGCAUGAUAUUAUGCAGUAAUAUCCCAGUAUUUGAGAUGGGAAACUUUUUCCAAAUGAGACACAGAGUAACCUGGCACUGGGAGUACACUUACAUGCAGCAGAUCAAAGUAGCCGCAGUGGAGAUUAACAGAUGAUUGCGUUCAGUCAGCUUGAAGUAUGGACAUUUACAUCCUGGGUUUCAUCUUGAGAAUGCUUCCUGUACUGAGGCAGUGAUUUGUUUUUCUUCCUGGCAUGGUGGACUAUGCAAAGAGACAGUAUGUUUUGUUUGUUUGGGAGCUGCAGAAAAAUGGGCAAGUGUUUUGCACUCUGAUUGCAGUUUCCAUAAAAGAAGGAGUGUGGCUUUUAAUGGUAAGGUUAGGUGACAUAUAUGAAAAAUCCUGAGGAUAUCCAUGCAGAUAUCCAUAGAGCUAUGCCUUUCACUCCUGCCUAGCAUGUAAUUUUCAAUAGUAGAUACCUGCAUGACAUACAAUCUGUUUUCAGCUGAAUAUUUCUUUAAAAAUUGUCCUUUCGUCUCCCAUCUUGAGAAAAACAAAUAGACCUGUUCAAUCUCCACCAAGGAUUUUUAGAUAAGAAUUCCUACCUGUUGAUUCUUGUGUUUGGUUCUGCCUUAUUGCCAUCCUUAGUCUGCAGGAUUUCUGUUUCUGAAUAUUGUCUGGCAAUUGUUCUCAGCUUCUAGAUUAUUGCAAAAAUGGGGUAAUGCUCUUUUUUGUGACAAAGGGAGGCUGGUUGUUCUUGUACAGAAGCAAAACUGUUUUCCUGGAUAUUUUAGAAUAUGCUAUCAGUGUAUCAACGUCUCAAUAAAGCAUGUUCUCUGCUCUCA